AUGCUGGCGCACACAGGUUAUACAGGUGAAGAUGGUUUCGAGGCGAUAGUGGCGGCAGAGGAUGCCGCCCACAUCUGGAUGACGCUGGUUGAUGAAGGCGCCGCGUCUUGCGGGCUGGGCGCGCGCGAUGUGCUACGCCUUGAAGCGGGCCUGCUAUUGCAUGGCAACGACAUGAGCGUUGACACCAACCCUUACGAGGCCGGGGUGGGGCGUUUUGUGAGACCCGACAGACGCGGUUACGUCGCCAGAGAGGCUCUGCUGCGCGCGCGGGACGAGGGCGUCGAAAGAUCACUUGUUGGCUUUGUAAUGACGGGAAGAGGCAUAGCGAGGCACGGCUACAACAUUAUGAGCGAAGGCCGUGAGAUCGGCGAGGUCACCAGCGGCAGCCCAUCCCCGUUGCUUGACAGAAACAUAGGCUUGGGAUAUGUUCCUGCUGAUUAUUCGGCGGAGGGUACGCCCCUGCAAAUCGACAUUCGUGGGCGCCCCGUGGACGCCGAAGUUACCAGUUUGCCAUUCUACAUACGGAGUUAG